CGGGAAGUCAAAAAACCCUAAACGCAUAAUCCCAGCAAGGCAAUAAAGUCUUCUUCUUCUUCUUCAUAACCCCAAAAAAAAGAAGAAAAAAAAAAGAUCCAGAUUUUUAUAGAUAUACAUCAUCUCUCGUGUUCCAAGGUUCCCCCGACUUAGAGAAAAGCUCGAUACAAAUCCAAAAACUUGGUGUUGAAUCAUUCCCCCAAAGCCACACUCCUUGAAGAUCAGAAAUCCCAUCAGAAUGGCUGGUCAAAGGAACAGCUACGGGAAACGUUCUCAUGAGUAUUCUGAUAGUGGUGGGGGAAAUAAAAGAAGAAACUCUGGUUCUGACAAGGAUCCUUUUUCUAUUGGGUCUGAUGACACUGUCUACCGCUACUUGUGUCCUGCUAAAAGAAUUGGAAGCAUUAUUGGGAGGGGUGGUGAGAUUGUGAAGCAGCUCAGGGCUGAUACUAGAUCGAAGGUUAGGAUUGGUGAGACAGUGUCGGGAUGUGACGAAAGGGUUGUUACCAUAUACAGUUCGAGUGAGGAAACUAAUGAUUUUGAUGGUUCCGAUGAUCGCAUCUGUCCUGCAAUGGAUGCUCUGUUCAAGAUACAUGAAAAAAUAAUCUCUGAUGAGGCUGGUAGUGAUGAUGAUCAUGAAGAAGCUGCUCAAGUUGUUGUAAAGCUGCUUGUUCCAUCUGACCAAAUUGGAUGUAUCAUUGGGAAAGGUGGUCAAAUUGUACAAAGUAUUCGUACUGACACUGGUGCGCAGAUUCGCAUUCUGAAGGAUGAUCAUUUGCCUACCUGUGCACUGAGCUCUGACGAACUUGUUCAGAUAACUGGUGAGGCUCCAGUUGUGAGGAAAGCUCUUUAUAAGAUUGCAUCACGCCUCCAUGACAAUCCUUCUCGUUCGCAACACCUGCUUUCAUCUGCUGUUCCAAAUACAUACCCCUCUGGUGGUUCGCUCAUGAGUGCUACGCCUGGUGCUCCAAUGGUGGGAUUAACUCCACUGGUUGGACCGUAUGGUGGAUACAAGUCUGAGGGUGGAGACUGGCCACGUUCCUUUUAUCCUGCUCCUAGAGAUGAUUCAUCCUCCAAGGAGUUUACUCUUCGUUUCGUAUGUCCGACUGCGAAUAUUGGUGGUGUGAUUGGUAAAGGUGGUAUGAUUAUUAAUCAAAUCAGGCAAGAAUCUGGAGCUAACAUAAAGGUGGACAGCUCAUCUGCUGAGGGUGACGAUUGCAUAAUAUUAAUAUCAGCCAAAGAGUUUAUGGAGGACUCGUUCUCCCCAGCCAUUGAUGCUGCAUUACGCUUGCAACCAAGGUGCAGCGAGAAAGUUGAAAGAGAUUCUGGGCUUGUUUCGUACACCACACGAUUACUUGUGCCAACCUCUCGAAUUGGCUGUCUUAUUGGAAAAGGGGGUUCAAUCAUUACUGAAAUGAGGAAAGCGACAAAAGCAAAUAUUCGAAUUCUGACCAAGGAGAACCUUCCUAAAGUUGCAGCUGAUGAUGAUGAGAUGGUUCAGAUUUCUGGAGAUAUUGAUAUUGCUAAGGAAGCACUUGUGCAAGUUGCUUCACGCUUGAGGGGAAAUCUCUUUGAAAGGGAGGGUGCUGUUUCGACAUUUUUGUCUGUGGUUCCGUAUGUUCCAAUGUCAACAGAUGGUUCAGAUGGAUUGCGUUAUGAUAGCAGAGAUUCUAAAAGGAGUGCCCGUGGACAUUCUUAUUCGAGUGGAUACGGUGGUCAUGGUGAUUUGCCACAUGGUGAUAGCUAUGGAAACUAUGCUGAUGUCCCAAGUGGCAUUAGUGGAUCUGGUUAUGGACCAUACGGGGGAUAUUCUUCUGGGCGUUCUGGUGGUUCCGGGUAUGAGUCUGCUUCAUAUCCGCAUUUUUGUGCCUUUUUUCUGUGUGUGCGCCCUCUCUUAGGUCUUUUGGAUAAGCUAUGAAAUGUUGGUACUCUUGAGAAAUAAUGGUGCCAGUAGUUCCAAAAUCCCCAUGGCAUAUUUUUCUGAAGAUGACUUGCUUCCUUGCUCCUUAGUCUCUUGUGGCACGUGCCCUGAAUGUUUUAUUGGCUAUCUCACUGGCAAACUGCUCUGAACGUGCAUUGAUGAUUCGAAUAUUUUGGUUAAUCAACCCUUAUCUUAUCUUGCUAGGUUAUCUGGGCAGAAUACUGUUUCCCGGAGGAAGAGUUAUUACUAGUGUUUGAUAGAGGCUUAAGGUACAGCUGUAUUUUCUUUUCUCUGACAACACCUCAACCCUGUUUAACCUGAAUAUGUUUUAAGUGCGAGUUCCUUAUGGCUAUCCUAUCACCUUAUAUAUUUUGAGUUUUAGCCAUACUCCAACUUGAAGAACUGAUAAUCUUCUUUUACCUUUGUUUCCUCCCGUUCCCACCAAAACAGCUGAUAUAACUGAAGCCUGAACUAUGAAGCCAGCCUCAUGCCUAAACCUGGAGACCAGAUGAAUCAAGCAUUGGAAAAUUCAUGGCCCACCCUGAUGCUUUUAUUUAGAAGGACCAAUAUUUGGAGAUCUUACCUUCCACUGAAAUUGCCAUGUCCCGACAAAUAGAUUUACCAUGUUUAAAAUCUUCUGCUCCCCAGAACCUUUGUAACCAGCAUUCCAUAUCCAUUCUUUCUCUCUCUGGCUGUUGUAUAUGAUGAUCUGACCUUUCAGACCAGCUGUGUGCUUGGAAUAUUUCUUGUUGUUAUAGACUUUCUUUUGGUUGGUUUGACUUCAUUUCUUUAGAGGUGAAAAUUCCUUUUCAUAGUGGUGCUCAGGUUUUGGAUCAGAUUUAAGUUCUUGUUGGUUUUUAAUUUAUCGUUUUAUUGACAAUUAUCAGCCUGCACUCCAAAAUAUAUCAGCAGUGGGAAAUAUUUCACUGCUGUAAGCUUAGUUGGCUCGUACAAGGCUGCAAGCGCCCUGAUAUGAUCAAGUUUACGCUAUUAAGCCUUUGUAAAUUAAUAACUAUUCCCACUCAAUUAUGUACAAUUAUGUGAAAAUUAGAUUGUUCUUCUGGAAGAUGCGCAGGGGUCAUUCUGUGUAAUAUGCAAGUGCUGGACUGAGUUUUGGAUUCAUACCGGCAGCUUUUGGAUGAUGUAUUGGGUUUUGCUAUUUAAGUCUUGGAUUUUGUGGCGGCAAGUGUCCUGAGUUUGAGACAGGAAUCCUUGAUUGCAAUCUCUAAGUUGUCUGUCACAAUUUGCAGGUCAGACAGAAAGUUUCAGGUAAUCUCCUGCAUACCAACAAAUCUAUUAUUUUUGCUUCAAUUGUAUUACCAUAUAAAUGUUACCUGGCUUAAUGCGGUGAGGCUCCCACUGAAAAUCUGUGGUACUUAGCCUCAGAGCUUGCGCCUAAGAGGGGAGACAAAUUCUUUCCUCUGUUGUAGCAUCAAUUGGUGGUUGCUGCUACUGGUGAAUUCCGGUAGCAGCUCCUUUCUUGUUGUUGUUUUUUGUUUCCCACCCCUGAAUUUUUUGUUGAGUGCUUAUUGAUGUUUACUAUUGAAGCAAUAGUUGUGGGAGAGAAUAAAUACUCAAAUCAUGAACUAAUUGUGUUUUGUAGUAGUAGUAUAAUUAAUCUGUCUAAAUUUAGAAAUUAAAGCAAAUUUUUGCCUUGCGAUUCGCGGCACAGUAGUCACUUACCAGACUUGCCAGUGUUAUAGAUGUAAGUAUUAGAUGUUGUAGUUGACUUGCUUGUUUGUUCUCCGUUUUCGGCCCCUUUUCAUAUCUACUGUCGUUUCAUUUUCAUUUCUUGUGUCACUCUUUAACCCAUGCUCUUUUCUAGCAUUACAUUUCUUCUUUAGUUUAAUGCUAUUAUGUGUGAAUUUCCCGCACAUUUUCAAUAUCUUUUUUCCCAAGAGAAGGAAAGAUGACCGGAAAUGGCCCCCUUUGCGAAAAGCCAGGGUAAGGCUGGGUAAAAUGGGCUCCUAUUCGCAAGGAGCCGUUCAGUCACAUUGGAUUGACUGUCUGGAGGAAAAAUGAGUCAGAUUGCACAUGACUUGAUGACAGUAAGUAGUGGUAACCAGGUGAUUGUUAUGUUGGAUGAGGAUGAAAAAUGGUUAACCUACAAAUCAAUGCAUAGGGCAAUUUGCCAUUUCUUUUGCCUUAACUUCUGUUUUAGAUACUACUGAAUAUGAUUUUGUAAUUUGAUUUUGAGCGGAUGCCUCCUGCAUCUUGAUGUUCUUGAUCUGUAGCAACCUUCCUUUUCUCUUGGGUGCCCGUUUCCAGGCGAACUCCUCUUUGUACUUGCGCAAUGACUGCCUGAGGAAGGGCAUUUUUAUUGUAAAAAGAUUAUUGUGAAUGUGCAACAUGUAUGUAGUUCACAACAUUAAUCACUUAAAUCAUGUGAUAUGCUGUAGAUUAUUGUACAACAAGAUACUCAAUCCAUUGCAGGAAGCAACUACUAUCAGCUCUAGUCUCUCAGCUAAUGUUUUAAUGCUGAUUCUUGGAAUACACAGAAUUACUGAGUUGUGACAGGAAACAAAAGAAGAGAAACAAAAGAACGUAUAGUUUUUGCUGAACUAAUACAGUCAAAUAAGCAACACUAGUGUUUUUGGACAGAGAGUAAUCUUCCCAACCGAAAUGAAAGAAAAGAAAGUGAAUGUUGAAGUAAUCGAGAAUUAACUAUUCACAUUAAACUGAUGGUGACAAGCGUCUGAAAGAUGAUAUGUAUUUAUUUAUUGCAGUUAAAGAUUUCCAGUUCUUGAGAAAAUCAAGCGGUUGUUGAUGACUUAGGGCUAGACCGUACUAGAUUUCAUUUGGGUUGGUAAUAACAGACUGAAAAAAAAGUUGUAAAGCUGCACAAUUCAGCGAUGCCCACCGAGAAAUUUAAGAAGAAAGCAGAACAGGAAAGGAAAGGAACAAUGUUGCCACGCAUUUCUGUAUGUCUGCUCUAUCUAUUUCGUGUAUUCAUUAUCGUCCGAAAUACCCAACGUGCCAAUAAUCCCAAAUGAGCCUUUGGGAGUAGCAUUGGGUUGCUUGGAUGGUGGCAAAUCGAGUAAUGUACUUGCGGUCCAAGUACGAGCUCUUUGUAAGGGCACAAAAGAUGGGAAAUCGGAAACAUAUAUAGUGUAUAUAAUACGAUAAAGUGAACUAUUAACAUGAAAUGCAUGGGUUACUUAUCAACUCCAUAUGUUAAGAAACUCAAAUCAUACAAGAGAAGGCAAAUGAUAAAUUGCAACUAUGAUGACUCUUAGAGGACCCAUGAAUAAGCAAGCAAAUUGACAGAAGUAACUAUCAACUCAUUUACUCGGUUGCAGGAUUUUAUAAGCAUGGGGUCUUUUCAAACUUAAGAUGCCACACCUAUGUACUUUUCCUUCUAUCUUAACAACUCAUCCAUUCUAAACCCUAAAUCAACUUUCGUUGUAUUACUAUUAAGGUUUUAGGAUGACAUCAAAUUCAGUUCUGGUGGUACUUUUCUACAUAUGUUGCCAGUGGCGGAGCUAGGAAAUCAACACAAGGGGUGCAAAUUUAGAAAAAAACUAUUAAUAAACGAGGAAAUCAAUGUACGGGGUGUGAAAAUUAUAUAAUAUAUACUUUUCUAUUAAAAAUUUAGAAUAUCUCCACUAAUUUUAAAAAAAUUGAGCAGGUACGUCCGCACCCUUCGUCCCCCUAACUCCGCCACUGUAUGUUGCCCAAA